AUGACAUCAGGACCCGUCGCAAUCAUCACUGGGGCAUGUUCAGGCAUAGGCGAAGCCUUUACCCUGGAUCUCGUCAGCAAAGGCUGGCGAGUUGCCAUGUUCGAUAUCAAGCCCAAUCCGGAUCUAAUUGAAAAGCUUGGAGGCCCCGUAAUCUUCCAUCAGGUUGACGUUGCGGAGUACGAGAGCCAGGCGAGGUGCUUCCAAGAAACUUGGAACAAGUAUGGCCGCCUUGACCUGGUGUGCACCAAUGCUGGUAUCUUUGACCAAAGGUAA